CUUUUACGUAAAAACGAUCUGUCAGGGAAUCCGCUGGAGGAAGUAGUGCAGUCUCGCUAUAUUGCUGCUUCGGAUACUUUGAUCAUGCCUAAGGAAAUUAAAGAAAUUAAAGACUUUCUGUUAACCGCUCGUCGUAAAGACGCAAGAGCUGUUAAAAUUAUCAAAUUGAAAGACAAAACAAAGUUUAAAGUUCGAUGCCAGAGAUACUUGUAUACUCUAGUUGUUGAUGAUGGAGAAAAAGCUGAUAAAUUGAGGCAAUCUCUACCUCCAGGUCUAACCGUCACAGAUAUCAAGAAGAAGAAGUAGUACUUUACUUCUCGUAUGAUCAAUAUGUAACAAGCUGUAUAAUAAAGACUGGGUUCU